AUCUCGCCCGGCGGCUGCGGGCAGGGGCGCCUCCGGAUUGAUCUCCUGAAAUUUAACUUUUCAAGAUGAAGUUUUUAUUGGCGAUUACCUUUUUUAUUUUAAUUUCUUUGUGGGUUGAAGAAGCCUACUCUAAAGAAAAGUCUUCAAAGAAAGGGAAGGGGAAAAAGAAGCAGUAUCUAUGCCCAUCUCAGCAGUCACCAGAGGACCUUGAACGAGUACCUCCCAACUCCACUAGCAAUAUCUUAAACAGGCUAUUGGUCAGUUAUGAUCCCAGGAUAAGACCAAACUUCAAAGGUAUUCCAGUUGAUGUAGUAGUCAACAUUUUUAUUAACAGUUUUGGAUCCAUUCAAGAGACAACAAUGGACUAUAGAGUUAACAUCUUUCUGAGACAAAAAUGGAAUGAUCCCAGGCUGAAGCUCCCUAGUGAUUUUAGGGGCUCGGAUGCACUCACAGUGGAUCCCACGAUGUAUAAGUGUUUGUGGAAACCUGACUUAUUUUUCGCAAAUGAAAAAAGUGCCAAUUUUCAUGACGUAACCCAGGAAAAUAUCCUCCUCUUUAUUUUUCGGGAUGGAGAUGUACUUGUCAGCAUGAGGUUAUCAAUUACUCUUUCAUGCCCUUUGGACUUGACUUUGUUUCCCAUGGACACACAACGUUGCAAGAUGCAACUUGAGAGCUUUGGUUAUACAACUGAUGAUUUACGAUUUAUCUGGCAGUCAGGGGAUCCUGUUCAGUUAGAAAAAAUUGCCUUGCCUCAAUUUGAUAUUAAAAAAGAGGAUAUUGAAUAUGGUAACUGUACAAAAUACUACAAAGGCACUGGCUACUACACCUGUGUGGAGGUCAUCUUCACCCUAAGGAGACAAGUCGGCUUUUACAUGAUGGGUGUCUAUGCCCCAACCCUGCUCAUAGUGGUCCUCUCUUGGCUUUCCUUCUGGAUCAAUCCAGAUGCAAGUGCUGCCCGAGUGCCCCUGGGUAUCUUCUCGGUCCUCAGUUUGGCCUCUGAGUGCACAACCCUUGCUGCCGAGCUUCCCAAGGUAUCCUAUGUGAAGGCUCUUGAUGUCUGGCUUAUCGCCUGUCUUCUCUUUGGGUUUGCUUCGCUGGUGGAGUAUGCUGUCGUCCAGGUGAUGUUGAACAACCCCAAAAGGGUUGAAGCAGAAAAAGCCCGAAUUGCUAAGGCUGAGCAAGCAGAUGGGAAAGGUGGAAAUGUAGCUAAAAAGAACACUGUGAAUGGUACAGGGACGCCUGUUCAUAUCAGCACUUUGCAGGGUGGUGAGACCAGAUGCAAAAAAGUUUGCACUUCUAAAUCUGAUCUGAGAUCGAAUGACUUCAGCAUUGUUGGAAGCUUACCAAGAGAUUUUGAAUUAUCCAAUUAUGACUGUUAUGGAAAACCCAUUGAAGUCAACAAUGGACUUGGGAAGUCUCAGGCAAAGAAUAACAAGAAGCCUCCUCCUGCCAAACCCGUUAUUCCAACUGCAGCAAAGCGAAUUGACCUUUAUGCAAGAGCAUUAUUUCCUUUCUGCUUCUUGUUCUUCAAUGUUAUAUAUUGGUCUAUAUAUUUAUGAUAAAUUUUUCCAUUUGUAUAAAAGAAAAUUCCAUUUCAUUUUGAUCAACCCCAUUCAUAAAUGCCAGUCUGUGAGAACUUUUGCAUUUUCAUAGUAACAUAUUGCAUUUUGGAUGCUAUUUGAUUGUAAUAAAAACAUGGCACCUUAAUUUUGAACGGCAGCAUGAUCAUGUAAUGUCUGUGCUCUAAUAAUGAUGUAUAUAUGUAUAGUGAACAUAUUGCUUUAGGAAUAAAUGAAGGAUAAGCAUACUACAUAAUAUAAAUCCAAACAAUUAUCUUCAGUUAGUAUAAAUUACAAAUACUUCAGGUACUUCUGAUAAUAAAAUGAUAUGCACGCUGAAUCCUGUUAUGGUCACCAUUCUAAUGUAUGUAGUAUUUCGAAUUUCCUUCCCUAUAACUUUCAAAGAAAGCUAUCUUAUUCUUGUAUAAUUUCAGAUGGUAUUAUCAGAGAUUGAGCAAAGUUGUAUUGCAUAUUGUUUAAUAUUUGUAAGUAGAAACAUAUCAGUGAUACUUAUGCAGGCUCUGUGGAGAAAUAAAGUUAAAAAAUUAUUACUUUGUAAAAUCA